UUCAAAGAGAAAAUUUCAGGAGCAUGAUGCAGAUUUUGCUGAAGACAGUGUUGGUUGGAUGUGUGAUUAUCUGUGUGUUCUCCACACAUGGUGUGUGUUUCUCUCGUGGAGCGAGUUUUUCAUCGUGUGUGAACAUGAAGCCCGGACACAUCAGCUCACUUCCACAACACACACUCACACACUCCGCUGUCACAAUCCGCAGUCGAUCAGUGUACCUGCCACAACACACACUCACAGUGACAGUUCAGAGUUCACGAGCAUUCAUGGGGUUUCUGCUGCAGGCGCGCUCCGUGCUGGAGGACCGGGUCGUCGAGGGGGAGUUCACACUUCACCCGCCCAGCACCCACACACUGUCCUGCUUCAGCACAGACGACACUGUCACACACUCUGACAAAAUGCUCAAGAGGAACUUGUCCUUCAGCUGGAGAGCCCCGCCGCAACCCAGCGGAGACCUGCGAUUUUACAUCACACUGGUUCAGUCUUAUUUUGUGUACUGGGCUCGAAUCAGAUCAGCAGUGGUGUAUGAUGGGACACGGAGUUCUCAGAACACUAACAGUGACAUGGGACAAUCGAAACAGGACGAAACCGCUUCUAUUCCGGAACAAACAGUCCAACACACACCCCUGUUCGCAUACACAACCAUGCCUACACACACUAAUACACACUCAAAAUAUAACAUACACACCCCCCCAAUAUUUAAUGCACACACAAACACACAAUCAGCGAAUGACACGCAAACAUCCAUUUCGCCAUAUAUACACACUACCACUCAAACUUUCCCACAAGUAUCUUUACUCCAAAACAUCUACAGCUCUCCAAACCCUAACUUACACUUAAACCGUAACACAAACACACUGAAACCCAUUAGCACAAACCAAAUCACUGCUAACACACACACGGACCUCAACAUGUUGUUAGAAGCUCAAACCGAUCCAUCUAUACACACUUUAAAACAACAAACACAAGCCUACACACCAUCACACAAUCACAACUCACAACCUACCCUGAAUACAUACACCAACACACACAAAAUCACUGCUAACAACACACACACGGACCUCAACAUGUUGUUAGAAGCUCAAACCGAUCCAUCUCUACACACUUUAAUACAACAAACACAAGCCUACACACCAUCACACAAUCACAACACACAACCUACCCUCAAUACAUACACCAACACACACAAAAUCACUGCUAACAACACACACACGGACCUCAACAUGUUGUUAGAAGCUCAAACCGAUCCAUCUAUACACACUUUAAUACAACAAACAUACACCUACACACCUUUACCUACACAAACACAAACUAAUGCAUUACACACUUACAACCCCAACACACACAAACAAACUGUUCAAAGCUCAUACACCUCUUCAGAUUCAACUACAAUCCUGUCGACACAAACACACAUUUUCACACCCGAUAAUCCAUCCCUGCAUCACAAACCCUCCCCGGCUCCUCGUCGGUCUCUCUCAGAUCUCCUCCCGUCCCGGGAGUCCACAGAGGGUGCAGUCUCCUUGACCAAGAAUGAGAGAGACUCCUCCGAUCUGUCUGGAGACGUCCGUCUCAAACCCCCUAAACGUCCCAAAGAUCCAUCUGGAGCUCCGAAGAAGGGAGGGGAGAGGCCGGAGCAUGUGCCCAGGCAAAAUGCAUCCGAGCUGGGCUUGCUGCUGGGCCUCUCCGGCGUGCUGGGCAUGGCGAUAGCCCUAGGUCUCAGGUACCUGCAGAGGAAGCACUGUCGCAAGCGCACCGCUAUGUCAUUUAAUGACCAUAGCCAUGACAACAGAGGCAUCAUCCAUGUGCAAGAGUGUGGAGACCUGGUGCAGGUGCGCAAAAUACGGCAAAAUAGUUUCCUGGUGCUGCAAGCUGAAUAUGACCUUAUAACACCAACAGGAAACUGAAUACACUCUCACCCGCACCAUGUAUACAUGGGCUCUAGGAAGCUGCAUGUCUAGAGUGCAUUAGGUCUUUAAUAAGGGAAUGUGUGACUAUUAAUUUUAAGUUGUUGAUUAGAAGUAUAGAAACCAUACAUUUUAAUUAUGUUACAAAAUAUAUAAGUAGUUUAAGAGUGUAGAAAGAGUGACUUGAUUGCAUCAUUCACAGUGCG